AUGCCUGGUGAUCGGGCUCCCUCGCCUCUGGACAAGAGCCGGGUGUCGCUUCUGUUUGUCGUCUUGACCCAACUGGACGACGUCCAACAGGCGAAGCUUGUUCAGCACUAUAAACAAACAGUGCCAGAUUCAGCCAAUGUGGCUAUCCACACAUGGACUCCCUCCAAGAUCCUUCUUCAAUCUAUUGCUAGGCAAGGCCCUCACCGCGACAGCGCGGCCAAUCUAUAUGCGCUGGGAAUCCUGGCGUAUCGCUCCAGAUGGUCCAGCUUCAUCGUGGUCGAUGACCUCACCAAGCGUCAGGUCACAGGGCAGCAUCGUGUUGCCGAGAGCGAAGAUAUUUCGGUGGUCUUGAUGAGCGUUCAAGGAUCGCCGAAUGACGCGCACACAAACCACCAAGUGAUGGUGAAGGCCAGACGGACGAGCAAGAACGACCAGGGUGUGAACAUUCUAGAUGUAUUGAGCGCCGAUAUCGACUUACCAACUGAGACUGGCGUGGGUGGUGAUGAGUGUCCUACUAAGGAGUAUUUCGAAACUGGCAAAAUGCUGUAUGACCCUGAUACGCGCCUGUUCACGGCAACCGCGGCGUCUUCAUUGGGUGCAGAGCGCAUUACUGCAGCCUUGUCAGCGACACAUUUGCCGACGGAGCUGGUUCAUGCCGUCCUGUCCUACGUGAAUGCUGAUAAUAGCAAGACGGGGAUUCGGAACGGGGAGCGGGCGAAGCCUCCACUCUGGACGUCCAUACAAGAUGACGCCCAUAUUCUCAUCUUCCUUCUCUUCCCAACGACAGCUGAGGAGCUCCGCAAUGCACAGGUCACCAUCCAGAACGCCGCUAAAAGAUAUCUCCCUCAGGCGAAGAACAAAGUACCGAAGAAAAUUGUGGAACUCAUCCCCCAGGAUCGUCAUCAUAUCGCGUCCCGCCAUGAUCUGGUCCAGUUUAUGAAAGAAUACGAACGUCCCAUGGCGGACGGACGUAGCAACCGGGCACCUCUGAACUUUCUCCUGAAUCCCAUCACAGGGGCUGAUGUCGCUUCCGCAGAAUUCGGCACAGCACAUCGAGCCUACGACAGUCGGGUAGUCGUUACUCAGGUUCCGCUCAAAAAUAUCCUCGACAACAGGUGGUUCUCCAAAUGGCAGCGCGACUGGUGGAGAACAGCGUCCGUGCGCUUCCCCACAGAAGCCAUAUACCCUCCAAACGAGCCCUUUUAUCCAAACCCGGUGCCAUGGCGACCGGUAGGCACAAAAGAAGGCACCGAUGAGUCAGAGGAAGUAGAAUAUCUUGCCGUUUUCUACAUCACGAACAAGUUGACCGAGGAACAAGACGAAGCUGUCAGGGCCCGGUUGGCGACCAAGAACGAUAUUGAUCAGCAAUUCGGAUAUAUCAAGAAAUGCUGUUAUGUACCAUGGGAGGGCGAGGAGGACGGCACGGACGAGGAUAUCUGGAGUAUUGUAUGGCAGGUUUGGGAAGACGGAGGUGACCAGGUGUUCUUCUGCAUUGAUCAGCUGUCCGGCGAGGAUCAGAGUGUUCUUUGCGUGGAGUGCGAUCGGUUCUCUUACCGACAGCUCCCGGAGAAUGCGAAACACCUGACGGGUGUGUGUGACCCCAACUUGCGAGGGUUCCGCUGCACGCGAGUCCCCGCUGAAGAUGCCCAAAUUGACAAGGUGAAUCUUGACAUUGCAAAUAUGGGGAUGGAAGACUUUGGACCGGUACACAAGUUCCGGAGACCAGGUUGGCCCGCGCGGGGGAUAAUUCCUGAUGAGACCGAUGAUGAAGAGGAAGCGGAAGAGGAAGAGUGA